AUGUUUGACCUUUCGCCACAAGAAGAGAAAACACGCCCACGAAAGAAGAAGAAAGCUGAGACUUACGAGGCCAACGGCGUCGAAGCGACCCUGCGGCGCGUGGGUUCGCGUUCCAGACGGGACACCACCCAACGGCGUCUUAACACCGGAACCGUUUGA